CCGGGCCUGGAACGGAGCGUGCAGCGCCGCUGCUCUGCGCCGGGCGUCUUGACGCGGGCGUGAUUGCUCCCUUGCGUGCGUUCAAGUUUUCGAAAAAAUCUUUCUCAUGCUUGUUGCCACAGACGAAACAGCUCAUCACGUGUGGGACCGAGGCAGCAUAGCCCCAACCCCCACAUUGUGCAGCCAAUACUUUUAAAGUUUAAAUACGAAGUUAAUGCAGGGGAGGGCCGUACAGAUGUUUGAUGCCGAUCUGUCAUUUCCAGAGGAAAUUCCAGACCGUAAGAGGUUGUUAUGUGGAUAUUGGAGAGGCAUCCGUAGCCGCAAUGGGAUUUAAGCCUCUCCGGAUUCUGGUCUAGAAAAUGGCAGAGACAGCACCAGAGCCUUCUGGGCAGCUUGUCGUACACUCAGACACUCACAGUCACACUGUCCUGGCUAGCCUUGAGGAACAGAGGAAGAGAGGCUUUCUCUGUGAUAUUACUCUCAUCGUGGAGAACGUGCAUUUCCGAGCCCACAAAGCCUUACUUGCUGCCAGUAGCGAGUAUUUCUCAAUGAUGUUUGCGGAAGAGGGCGAGAUUGGCCAAUCUAUUUAUAUGUUGGAAGGCAUGGUUGCAGACACCUUUGGUAUUCUGCUGGAAUUUAUCUAUACAGGUUAUCUGCAGGCCAGUGAGAAGACCACAGAACAGAUCCUGGCUACUGCUCAGUUCUUAAAAGUCUAUGAUCUGAUAAAGGCGUACACGGACUUCCAGACUAAGCAUAGCUCCCCGACGGCGCCGGCUCUGAACGGCACUGGUACUCCAGUGGUUGUUAUUUCUAAUAAGAAGAAUGAUCCCCUAAAACGGAAGCGGGGAAGACCAAGAAAAGGCAGUAGUGUGCAGGAGGGGAAAUCAGAACUCGCUGCAGAGGAAGACGUGCAGCUGAGAGUGAACAGUUCGGUUCAGAAUAGACAAAACUUUGUGGUCAGAGAGGGAGACGGUGUGGAGCUGAGUGCCCAGAUCCCAAAGGAAAAGGCCUCCGAGCCCGCUGGUGAGCCGGGUAGAGUGGAGGAGAUGCUCGCUGAGAAGGAUGAGAACUGUGACCCCGAGGCGCUGAAUGGGCAGGAUAGCCUGAGUAGGUACAGCAAGCGGAGGAUUCGGAGGUCGGUCAAGCUUAAAGAUUACAAACUCCUUGGAGACGAAGACGACCAGAGUUCAGCCCAGAGGAUAUGUGGAAAGAAAAAGCGCGCCAGCGGUCCCGGGGCCCGGUGUAAAGACUGUGGCAAAGUCUUUAAGUACAAUCACUUUUUAGCAAUCCACCAAAGACGCCACACUGGGGAACGACCCUUCACAUGUGGCGAGUGUGGGAAGGGCUUUGCCCAGAAGCACUCCUUGCAGGUCCACACCAGGAUGCAUACGGGGGAGCGGCCAUACACCUGCACCGUGUGCAGCAAGGCGCUGACCACCAAGCACUCUCUGCUGGAGCACAUGAGUCUGCACUCAGGGCAAAAGUCUUUCACCUGUGAUCAGUGUGGAAAAUAUUUCAGCCAGAAAAGACAGCUAAAGAGCCAUUAUCGAGUCCAUACAGGCCACUCACUACCAGAAUGCAACCACUGCCAUCGAAAAUUCAUGGAUGUGUCUCAGCUAAAGAAACAUCUGCGAACGCACACAGGUGAGAAGCCGUUUACUUGUGAAAUCUGUGGGAAAUCUUUCACAGCGAAGAGUUCCCUUCAGACCCACAUCAGAAUCCACCGAGGAGAAAAGCCAUACUCCUGCAGCAUCUGUGGCAAGUCCUUCUCCGACUCCAGUGCCAAGAGGAGACACUGCAUCCUCCACACAGGCAAAAAGCCCUUCUCCUGCCCCGAGUGUAGCCUACAGUUUGCUCGCUUAGACAAUUUGAAGGCUCACUUGAAAAUUCACAACAAAGAGAAGCCCGCGGCAGAUUCCUGCAGCGUUUCCGGAGGCAAUGCUGACGAGGUCCGCAACAUUCUUCAGCUACAACCCUACCAGCUCUCCACCUCGGGAGAGCAGGAGAUUCAGCUUCUUGUAACUGAUUCUGUGCAUAACAUUAACUUCAUGCCAGGCCCCAACCCGGGGGUCAGCCUGGUAGCUGCUGACACCUCUCAGAACAUGGCCACAGACCCAGCUGCUAAUCUGGCCCUGCUCACACAGCAGCCUGAGCAACUGCAGAGCCUGAUUCUUUCAGCUCAGCAGGAGCAGACAGAGCACAUUCAGAGCCUCAGUAUGAUUGGAAGCCAGAUGGAGUCCUCCCAGCCAGAGCCAGUGCAUGUAAUCACACUUUCCAAGGAGACGCUGGAGCAUCUGCAUGCCCAGCAGCAAGGGCAAACUGAGGCGCUCCGGUUGGCGGCUGGCGCUGAUCCAGCUCAGCACCUGCAGCUGACACGGGACCCUGGUCCACCCCUACCCACUCCACUAGGCCAGGAGCAGAGCUGACCCAUGCUGACUGUUCCACCGGACCCUCCUCCUGGGCCAGCAGUGACAGACUGGUCCUUUCGGUCACCGUCUUACAGAUCCGUAAAGAUGUGUUAGCUAGCCA